UCAGGCUACAAGAUGGCGACGGCCUAGUUGCGAUGCUUGUUUAGAAUCCACCACGCUGUAUAAUCAGUCCAUGCUAGCUGUGUGUGUCCUAGUCUUUCCUGGUAAUGUCUUAUAAAAGAUGGAGACUAACCAGCUGCUGCUUCACCUAGCAGAGGUAGAGGAAUUGGCUGAAGAUAUCAUAUCUGACAAACAUCAAAUGGUAGAACUGGACAAGAAACGCCAGAAAACAAGGGAGGCAAUAAGGCUGUUGUCAAAAGACAAGAAAACACAGAAGACUUGGGUGUGCUUUGGAAACAUGUUCAUCAAGCUGCCUGCAACAGACACCAAGAAGUUGCUAGAAAAGGAUUUCAACGGAUUAGACGUGGAAAUCUCUGAGAUAUCAAAAAAUCUAAAACCUAAGGUGAACAAACUAAGGGACAUGGAACACAAAGAAGAAGCCAAGGGAUUCGGUCUCACUUCCUUGUCCAGGGAUGAGAUUCAGGCUGUAGAAGCACUCUUAUGAUGUCUGUACAUCUACAAAGCUGGACUCCAAUACUGUUACUGACCACUUGAUCUUCUGUAUUAUUAGUUUUUCCAUAGAUACAUCUCAGGUGUUCCAGUUAGAAGUCAAUUGACUUUGGAAGUAGUGGGUGUCAUAGGCAGUACUUUUAUAUACCAGACUUAUAGAGAACAUUGAAAUUGUCAUCAUAUAUCAGUAUCUAUUACAGUUAGAAUAAAAAUGAUGUCCAUAGUAUUUUGUAUGCAGUUUGAAACAUUUUUAUAUCAGCUCAGUGACAAACUGAUCACUUGACUUCUGUGUGAAUCAGGUUUUCACAGAAACAUCUCAGAUGUUCAAAUUGACUGAUUGUACAGAAGUACAUGGGCAGUAGUUUUAUAGACCAAAACUUACAGGGAACAUUGAAAUUGUUCUUGUUUCAAUAAGAAUAAAAAUGAUGCUCAUGGUUCCUAUGGAUACAAAUUGAAACUAUGCAAGUUCAAUGACAAGCAUCACAAGGACACAUUGACUGGCUGGAUCAUACUUUACCAGUACUAUGGUUUGGAAAACUGAUAAGGUCAAAGUAAUAUGAGACAUAAAACUAUUGCUGCCUGGGUAAUUCAGUCAGCCUGGAGAAUACCGUCUUUACCACAAAUAAGCCCCCACACCCAGUUAAAAAAAAGACUGUCAAAAGAGGGGAGGGGGCUUAUUUCCCGCAACCCCCCUGUUCACGAGAUGUACGUUUGUCCGCCAUCUUGGAUUUUUCGUCAUAAGGAAUGAUAACUUGGCCUGUCUGUCAUCAAAAAUAACCAAAAGUCGCAAAUAGGAUCAAUCAUUUUAUUAACAAUGUAACAAAAUAUACUAAAUAGCUAAUCCUCCAGCCAGAAUCCUCCGAAUAGGAGAGUGUCGUCAUCGGACUCGGCUGAAUCAAAUAAGCUGCUGUGGGCCAGUGUCGCAUCAAUUUCCUGCUGUAGGACCUCAUCGAUCUCGCGGACGUCCAUGCUGACAUCCUCACGAAGACGGCGCGACAUCCUAGACAGUUACAGGCCACACACCUGUCCAGAAUACGACGCACAUCAUCCGUGUUUGGUCCCCACACACGCGUCACCCUGGCAACUUCUCUCCCCUUGGACUGCAGUUGAUAACUGGAGACGGCUCGACCCUCAGCACGUUCCUCCACUAACCAGUCAAACAUGGCGUCGUCAAUCUUAAUGGACCUUGGUGCUGGGUUAGUGUCAAGCUUCUGCUUCUUGGAGUCUGUUCCUUUUCCAUGGCCAAGGAGUUUCUUGAAGUCUCUGUCCCACUGUCUGACGAGUUUCCUGUCGACGGAGAAUUCUCGUGUUGUCUGAUGGAGAUUUUGGCCAUUUCCCGGAACCAGUUGACGAUGUCCAACUUCUCCUUUACUGUGUAAUGUCUUCGUGUAGCAGGCAUGAUGAUUUGUGUCAUGAUUGGAUUUUUACUCUCUAAGUAGCGACACUGAUAUGGCUUGGGACUCAGCAAUUAUGUUAACAACAUUAUCUUAAUGCAUUAACAUUUCUGCAUGUACAGCAAAAACAUAUGAAAAUAAUCACAUUACCAAUAUGUGACAAAAUAAGAACAAGAGGCCUAGCAGCCUUAACCAUCACCUCAUAAAAGCAAUAUUGAAUAUAAAGGUUAAAGGAUAUUAUCAAGUUUCAUGAAACAGAAAUUGUGACACUGAAUAUAGUAAGCCAGUGUCAAUGCAUGCAAAACUGUCGUCCUAUACUGAUCAUUCUCAUAAAGUUAUUUCCAGUGAAAAAUAGCCAACAAUUAGCUCAAAAAUGCAAUUUGACCCCUUUUGGCCCCGCCCAUCAGUCCCACGGUGUCAGUCAGGAUCAAAAUGGGCAUACCAUCAAGCUGUCAUCAUUCACUCAUAAUUCUAACCAAGUUUGAAAUGUUUUCAAUGAAAAUUAAACAAACUAUGCUCAAAAAUCUAGUUUUCCUAUAAAAACUAUUGUAAACUUUACCCCCUCCCCAUAGGGAAUGCUAGAUCCUGGAGUCAUGAAAUUCACAAUUUUGGUAAAGUGCCUUGAGAUGCUUCCAUUCAUGAAGAGUAUUUGAUUCUAGCAUAUCCAAGUCAAUUUGACCCCAUCUGGCCCUGCCCCUCAGGCCCCUGGGGGGUGGGGAACUGUAUAACUUACAAUUUUGGUUGUUCAUUUUAGGCCAAGGAAGGUUUUUUGCAAAAUUUCAUUGAAAUCAGUGGUUUUUGAGAAGAAGUCGAAAAUGUUGUUUACAGACGCACAAUGCCAAAUGAAGGUGAUCACAAUAGGUCACCAUGAGAUUUUGUCUCAUGUGACCUAAAAGUGUAAAAUAUUUUGGUUAGUGUAACAUCACAUUAAAUGGUAUUUUCACAUUUUCAGGUCAUGUGACCAUUUUCCUCCAACUUGUUAGGCUUAAUCACCAUGACACAACACAAAGUUGUGGUUUCCUGAACAGCAGGAAACUUCUUAGGAAGAUGGCAAGAUAUGGUAAUCCUGUGAUGUCAUUAUUGUGGUCAUGGGUAUGACAUUUCAGACCGAUUGCUUUGAAUAGCAAGUGGCUUCCACAUUGUGUUCAGUAAGGUAGCUAAAUGAGGAAUUACUGCAAGGAGGAACUGGCACACAAAGUGAUACUGGCCUAUGACAGAGCAACAAACUCUGUAAAACAAACAUUGGUGUGCCAUGCAAUAAAGCAUUGUUUUCCAUAGACAGAUUUUAAACGCAUCUUGCUUUGAAAACAAGAGGUUACAACAUGAAGUGCCCACCAUCAUGUGACUUUUAUAAAAUGAAUAUCUUCCCUUCUUGCAUUUUUUGUUUGGUCUUAAUUAUAUGAAAUUUGAGAAUGAUUCAUCCUGAAUACUAAUCUCAAGAUAUAGCAAUAACAAACUUUCACUGUCAAAGAUCUACGAUUAUGGCCAUCUUUUUGAUACAGUAAACUGAGUCCUACGAUGAAAAGUGUAAAACUAGAGACCAAUUGUGAUGACCAAUAAACAUGAUAUAUACAAAUUAAAACUUGUUUUAAUACAAUUUAUGCAGGCAUGCUGUGCAUUCAUUUGUAUAUAAUAAUUGUUUUGUUUUAUUGGAAGGCACUUUAAGGGAUAAGUGAGGCAGUCGCAUGUAUUACUCAUGCGCAGUAAUAUGUGGCUAUUUUUAGACGCUAUAUAAAUAAAUCACAAAGCUAAUUUACUUCAGAAGCUGAAGAUCAAGUAUGGCGGAUGAAGGUUCGUACAGUCAAGGUCAUUUCUUUACCUUUAGCUCUCGCCUAUGUUUUUUGAACAUAUCUAUCUCUUUUUAUAUGAUAAGUUUAGCCCACCUCCAUCCCCUUUCUGCCUUCCUUUCAAUUGUUAUACAAUACCAUGUACUGUUGUAUGUCUUUUCCUUGUAUGUAGCAUAAUUAAUUUCUGGGGUUUUUUUGUGUGUUAAGUGUGUUUGGCGGCGGGCUUGGACCCCCAUCUAAGACUUUCUGUGAUUUUAUAAUAAUAUAUGUAAAAUGUUGUAUUUUUAUAAUAACCGUCGUUUAAGAAAAUAAACGGCCAGAUUCAAUUCAA